AUGCAGUAGACAGACUCCACGUUAGACUCCAUCUUUGCUCUUCACUUUGCAUUUCGUCUGCAAGAUGAAUUCGCUUUCCUACGUCUCCCGCCAAUUCGACGUCCUGGCUUCCUCCAGUGCGCCUAAUACCCCUCCGUCCACCCCAACAGGCGAACUUGGUCCGGGUGAUCCACGACCAUCUUUGAAGCGUAUUCGAACGUGGGCGUCUGCGCGUGCGUUCUUCCUACCACAAGACUCCAUACAACGACGGUAUACCACCCAGCCUCCAAUACGUGUACGCAAGCGCUCGGGAUCUACUCCCUUUAGUCCGCGUUUUCAGUUCGUCCCGUCUGGACCUGCCUCUAACUCGUUUCAGCAAGACCCUGCAGUAAUAGAACAGGGCGAGAUUCGAGCUGUGCCGCAGACGCAUUCACCCGUGUCUUCCAUGCCAUUACCUCAGCCGAAGACGGUUUCGACAAAGGAAUCUAGCUGGUUGCACAGACUAUACUUUCUCCGAGUAAUCUGCCUCCUUGCAAGUUGGCUACGGGCAAUAUGGAAUAGUGUGACGCGAUCCUUACUGGUGGACGAGCCUGGCACUGGCAAAGGCAAAGGCAUCCAAGGGCAGGAAGAUUUGUCAGAACAGACAAGCAGUAAUGGAAAGGAGAGCGAUCCUGAUGCCGUCCGCAGUCGAGAAACAAGGUCCAAAGCAAGUUUGAGCAAAGCUUCCUUUGUUCGAGCCAGAGCAUCGUCAAUCAUAAAAAUAGCAUUGCAGCCACAGACCAAACCCCCUACACCAUCACCUCCAAGCCAGCCUACUUUAGGUCCUCCGCCAACCUUUAAUCUUAUUCCUCCUGAUCAAACGGAUGAUACCGACAAUACCGACAAUAAUGUUCGUUGUAUUGUUUCACUAGAUCCUCCUGCGUCUCUUUCAACAGCGACUCUCACCCCACAAACGCCACCAAGCAAACGAGCAUCGCAGUCUACUUCCUCCCGUCCUUCAACACCAGCAAAGGCAACUCCACUGCAUAUGCGGAAGACACUCGUACUUGAUCUGGACGAGACAUUAAUACACUCUACAACACGGCCGUUACCGUCUGGUGGUAGAAAUGGACUCUUCAACCUCGGAAGCCUUAUUGGCUUUGGUCACAACAGGAAGGCUGGUCAUAUUGUUGAAGUCGUUAUGAAUAACCGAAGUACGCUGUAUCAUGUCUACAAGCGACCUUUCGUGGACUACUUUUUGCGCAAGGUGUCGGCCUGGUACACACUCGUAAUCUUCACGGCAUCGAUGAAAGAAUACGCAGAUCCAGUGAUUGAUUGGCUAGAUGCUGGGCGAGGCAUACUUUCUUUACGUUUCUUUCGGGAGCAUUGCACACAGCUCCCAAAUGGCUCAUAUUCGAAGGAUCUUUCAAUACUUAACGAGGACCUCGCACGUAUCUGCCUUAUAGACAACUCACCUGCAAGUUAUAGUAUUAAUAAAGCGAAUGGUAUUCCUAUUGAAGGUUGGACCCAUGACCCAUAUGACGAAGCACUGCUCGAUUUACUGCCCGUCCUCGACUCCUUACGUUUCACUGGCGACGUUCGGCACAUUCUCGGUCUUCGUGGUUUCUAGACGCAUGUCUCUUGUCCUUAUGCAACGUCUUCGGUGGGAUUCCCUUUGCGCAACCAAAUUCCAAUUCUUCCAUGGGCAUCUUAAAUUUCUUGUGUAUUUUAUGAAUCAACAACUCCAACAACUCGUAACAUAUCUCCUGCUCUGCUGCAAAUCCGCUUACUUAUUGUUUUGAUAUCUAACUUUGCAAACUGCAAACUGCAAACACUCCUCCCUGCAUGCCUGGACAACUUCUCGUCGUUUUUCUACAGCCACAGCAUUGCCAGUAGGUCGCCCAUGUCCAUAACAUAAUAAUAUGUUCUGCGUGUAUUCCUAGAGCAUUAAUUAGUUUAGUUUUAUUUUUUCUUGUUCUUUCUCUUGCUGUCUUCUGCUGGUGGUCCGAUUCUCUCUUCUUUUGUCAUUGUUAAAUGAAUACCAAUCAG